CCUCCCUCUUCAAACCAACUCUCCCAUCUGAUCAGAUUGUAGCACUCACAUAACACUUGUGACUUCCAGGAAGAAGCUUCAUAGAAAUGUGAUGUGCAGCAAAAGAUAUGAGUGUCCUUGUGCCAGACGCCUCCAGCCAUGUCCUGGCAGAAUUUGACUCCCUUGACCCUUUACUGUCAGCCCUGCGCUUAGAUUCCAGCAGAUUGAAGUGUACAUGCCUAUCCGUGUCCAGGAGAUGGCUGGCGCUUGGGAGCUCGGGGGGAGGCUUGAACCUCAUCCAGAGGGACGGCUGGAAACAGAGGCUAUUCCUUACCCACAAGGAGGGCGCCAUCUCCAGGGUCGCCUGCUGCCCCCACGAUGACGACUUUGUGGCUGUUGCCACCAGUCAGGGAAUCGUGGUCGUCUGGGAAUUGAACCAGGAACGUCGUGGGAAACCAGAAAGGAUCUAUGUCUCUUCUGAGCACAAGGGUCGCAAGGUGACCACCCUCUGCUGGGACUCUGCGGUACUGCGGGUGUUUGUCGGUGACCAUGUGGGCAAAGUGUCUGCCAUCAAAUUAAACUCUUCCAAGCAAGGAAAGGCUGCUUUUGUGAUGUUCGCGGUUCAGGUAAUCACCAGCGUUGACUCGCGCGUCGUGCAGUUGGAUUACACAGACGGCCGCCUGCUCAUCUCCUCCAUGACCCGCUCCUAUUUGUGUGACACUGAGAGGGAAAAGUUCUGGAAAAUUGGGAACAAGGAAAGAGAUGGGGAGUACGGGGCCUGUUUCUUCCCGGGAGGACGCAGCUCGGGGUUUCAGCAGCCACUCAUAUACUGCGCUCGUCCUGGAUCCAGGAUGUGGGAGGUGGACUAUGAAGGAGAAGUGCAAAGUACUCAUCAGUUCAAGCAGCUCCUGUCUGCAGCACCCCUGCCGAUCAUUAACAUGCGGUCAGACCCUCAGUACGAUGCUUCCCCUGGUCCUCCUCAGUCUUUAGCUUUUGCUAAGCUCCUGUUCAUCAGUGAUCACAGCGUCCUGACGUGGACAGAGCGGGGGAUUUAUGUGUUCAUCCCUCAAAAUGUUCAGGUUCUGCUCUGGAGUCAAGUGAAAGGUAUCCAGGAUAUAUCCAUAUACAAGAAUGAGCUCUUCUGCCUCCACGUGGAUGGGAAGAUCUCGCACCUCUCCCUGCUCCCUGUGGACAGAUGUGUGGAGCGAAUAAUCAAACGCAACCUGUGGGGUUUAGCGGCCAAAGUCUGCCAUAUAUUUCCAAAUUCCAUCAUUACCAGCAAAGCCCGCAAGGCGUUACCUAUAGAUAAGCUGGAACACUUAAAGGCUCAGCUAGAUCUGGUGAUCCAACAAGACCUGAUCGCUCAGAUGGAGGAUAUUCUGUCCAGAGCGGAGCCCAUGGACUCUGCCUGCAGCAGCAGAAGGAGCAGCAUCUCGUCUCAUGAGAGCUUCAAUGUGUUGGACUGUGGGAUCUAUCGGGUGAUCAGCCGCAGGAACAGUCAGUCUGAUGAAGACUCUGGGUCGUUGCACAGUCAGACGCUAUCGGAGGACGAGAGGCUGCGGGAGCUUUCUGUCCAUCCGGAUGAAGAACAGGCAGAGCUUGACACGGUUUCUCAUGCCUCUGUGAAUACGGAGAGCGAUCGGAGCGAGCCCCUCCUACCAUUUAACAUCUCAUUACCAUUCCGCUCCACAUCACCCCUUGUGUCUCUCCAAGCAGUAAAAGAAAGUGUCUCCAGUUUUGUUCGAAAAACCACAGAGAAAAUUGGGACCUUUCAUAUGAGCCCUGAAGUCAGGAGAAAGCAGGAGCCCCCGGAAGAACGUCCCUUGGAAGUGUCUGCCAGUGGGGUGACCCAACCAGAGGAGGAGAAGUUUGAGGUGGAUGAUCUGCAGCCUCCAGAGCCCACGGCAGAAGAAAUCCUACUAGGCGAACUGAAAUCUGCAACUUUGGAGACCCUACAUAAAAGUCAAGAUCCUCAGGUGUUAUUUAACUUGGAAGCCAUGAGGAAGAUCUUAAGAGUUUGGCUCGGGCACCUGGAAAAAGCAUUAAGGUUCCGAGAUCAUCCCAGCCGAUGCCCAAGCGAGUCUCCUCACGGCACCCUACAGUCAUCUGGAGAAGAAGGCGUCCUCCAUGUGGACACCACAGAUGACCAAGAGAUCCUGGAGGAGAGGACCACAGUCCACCCAAAGCCACAGGACCAUCUGGGCUUCCGACUUGAAGCCCCUUUCUUUCUAGAAGAGCCCUUACACAAGGAUGUGUCCGACCUCGCCAUGAUGUGCCUGGAGUUCAAAGCAUUUUCUGAUGAGGCUCCUUCAGAGCUGGAUGCGAGUGCUUGUCACUUCAUACAGAACUACUUUUACCUCCUGGACCUUAAGAGGAUAAAACGCUGCAUUGUGCUCAAUUAUACAGAUGCCCCCGGGGUCUGGAGCACCUACAUGGAGGGGCUAAAAGAGCUGACAAGUUCAGGACCCGAGGCCCAGGCCAUAGAAAACGGUGAUCUGGUGAGGUCGAUAGAAGCGUUGAAUAAUAUGGAGCCUUGGGACAGCCCCUUGCUGCUGGCACACGUGUCCAGGAUUUAUGAAAAGUUUGGUGAAGCAGCGGCGAGGGCUCUCAUCAAGUUUUACCCGUCGGUGUUGGCCGCCGACGUUGUACGGAUCUGCAGGGACAACCCUGGACACUUCUUGGCAUAUCUGGAUAAUCUUGUCAAAUCAAAGCCUGAGGAACAGAGAUUAUCUCUGCUGCAGUCCCUUGUUCAGCCUGAAUCCUUAAAGCUGGACUGGCUCCUUCUGGCGGUUUCCCAUGAUGCACCGCACCCAUCCAACACCGUGGACCCUGAUGGAAACCCAAAGCCGCGGUCACACUUGUUCACCUGGGGAUACGGGCAGCUCAUGGCGCUAUUAAUUAAGCUGCCGUCCAACUUCACAACCAAGGAGAAGAUGUUGGAGAUUUGUAAGACAUUUGGAUAUUGGCCGGGUUAUAUCGCACUUUGUUUGCAGCUGGAGAAAAGACUUGAAGCCCUGACUUACGUAGUCUGUCUCGAUGACAUGCAACUAAUUGAUGAGAAAAAUGGUUUAUUACCAGAGACAAUGGAAGAAUGGAAAUAUGUAAUGCACUUAGCCCAAAACCAUCACCAGCACAACAGCACCAUGAAUGGAGAGGCCUCAGGUGCUGGGUAUUCUGACUGCACCAACUGCAUCACAGUGGAGAAUGUGGCGCUUCUCCUAGCAAAAGUGAUUGGUCCAGAUCGUGCACUGCCAUAUUUACAAGACUGGGGUGUGACUGAGAGAUUCUCUGACAGAUACUGCAAGAUCUGUGAUGUUAUGAGGGUGGCAGAGAAAAGACAGAGGGCUCUGAUUCAGUCUAUGCUGGAAAGAUGUGAAAGAUUUCUAUGGUCCCAGCAGGUGUAAUGCCACCAGCUACAGUAACACAGUCCUGACAAUAAAUGGCAGCUGACUUUCUAAUGCUUCUUCUGGGGAUGACAUCAUGAAGCGUCCAUCUGACUGUUACUUAUAGAUGUGCAGGUUAUAUAACCCAUAUGCCAAGAGAUACAUACUUCACUGUGCCUAUGGGCUUCACCCACGUUCACAUGGAACGCAAGAUGCCAUUAUGGCUUGUUAUCUUCAAGGCGACUGAGGGGCGGUGCAAGACGCAUUGGCCCCACAAUACCUGUGCUAAUAAAUAGUAUUCGGCCGUUUCUCAUUUAUAUCAGCUUCUGGGAAAGCUGGGUCACUAGCACUAUAUAUCUUUUAGGGCUCAUUCACACAACCGUAGUCUGUUUUGCGGUCCACAAAUUGCAGAUCUGCAAAACACGGAUACCAGCUUUGUACGCUCCGCAUUUUACAGAACGUCCGGCCCAUAGUUACAUAGUUAAUACGGUUGAAAAAAGACAAAUGUCCAUCAAGUUCAACCAAGGGAUCGGUGGGGACGCGAAUCCCAGAAGGAAGAACAGUCCUAUCCCUGUCAAUGUGAACAAGAAUAGGACACGUUCUAUAUUUUUGCGGGGCCACGUAACGGACAAGCGGAUGCAACAGCACAAGGCGUGCUGUACGCAUCUUUUGCGGCCCCAUUGAAGUGUAUGAUUCCGCAUCCGACCCGCGAAAAAUGCGGAUUAGAUGUGGACAAUAAAUGCGCUUGUGUGCAUGAGCCCUAACAGAGGAGGCCAGAGUUUGUUUUUCUUCCUGACACAGAGCUCCAAAUCCUCUGCUUUCUUUGGUACAGUUGGAUGAUCAAAUUUAGGCUGCCUGCAUCCACCACUAGAGGGAGCUCACUGAAGACCGGGUUCUUCUAUACAAUAAUAUAUCAAUUGUAUGCAGUAAGCGCCCCCUAUUGGUGUCUGCAGGCAGAGCGCAUCUUCGGGCACCACAAGCCGUGACCUCAAGGUCCAUUCUCGUUAUUGUGUACAGAGCACAGCAAUAGGAUUUUUUAAGCAUGUGCUAAAUGUUCCUAAUGUGUCCAAUGAUAAUGAUGUGCAGUCACUGGAGGGCGUCUCCGUGAACUGGCUGUGAUUUUUGGCUGUUGAAUGCUAAGAUCACUUCUCCUUACGCACAAUGAAGAAAAAUCAAUCUGCAAUAGACCAUAAAAUGGCCCCUGUGGCUUCUAUACAGCUGCCGUUCCAGUGCAUUAAAGAUUCACAUUGCUCAGGGGUGUGGCCAAACUAGGAUGCUCCUCCCCCAAGGGGGCCAAGCAAAGCAAUACUAAACUGGCAAAUCAAGAAGGCAGCCUAAUGGUCACACGGCCUUGGAAGACGGCAGAGGAGAACACUUGUCACCAGUAAGACAUGGCAGGGUUAUUUAACUGAAAUCCUAAUUUUAUAGGAAAAAUGUAUUUUACUUUUAGCUUUUUCUGAAAAUAAAUAAAUAAAAAACUGCAAUAAAAAUAA